AUGCUAUCUAGCCCAACUUUAAGCAUUAACACUAAAUGCUUCUUAUACAAGACUAACAUCCGUUCCAUCGCCUAUCUAGGCCUCCAACAGUUCAAACAACAGCUGGCCCAAGUUCGAAAGGCUCCAAUCCACCUCUCUCCGCCAAAUCACUGGACAACCAUGGUUAGUGAACAACAGAGCGCUUCGCCACUCCAUUGGCCUUCACUUAUCAAGGAUAACCUUCAGUCACUAACUAACUCCGUCAAAACUAAAAUACAACAAUCCCCUCACAACUACAUCUCCGACAUCAGCAAUAGAACUUCAAUCACAGAAAAUUACGUAAAUCGUCAAAUCAACUUCUAA